AUGUCCUCCAGAGCUACAAUACCUCCAGGGCUCCCUAGGGACAACCCGACUCAAUCAUAUUGGCAGGAUCCUCCAGAUGAAAUUGCCGAUUGUCGGACCACCCCUAACCUGCCGGACGAAGCAGACAUUGUAAUUAUCGGAUCUGGUAUCAGCGGCGCCAGCGUAUCAUAUAAUUUGCUCUCCUCGGACCCGAGCCGCAGGAUUGUCUUGCUUGAAGCCCGCCAGGCUGCCAGCGGUGCCAGUGGCCGUAACGGCGGACACACCAAGACCGCCACCUACCGAUCUUUCCAUGAGAAUGUCAAAGUUAUCGGCCCUGAGGAUGCCAUCAAAAUAACCAAGCUCGAGUACAAUUGUAUGGCAACAGUUCACGCGUUCAGUCGCCAAAACGGUAUUGAUUGCGACUCACGAAGAUGCCAAACUAUAGAUGUUUUCUAUGACCCCGUCCCAUGGAAAGCAGCCCGAGAGUCAGUAGUGUUAAUGGAAGAGCUGAUGGGCUCAGAUGCACCGAAACACAUCUUUCAUAACGCCCAAGAGACAGCCGACAAAUAUCUUUCACCAGAUAGCCUGGGCGGUUUGGAGUACGAGUCCGGCAGUCUCAGUGCGUACAAGUUCACCAUUGGGGUCCUCAAACUAGCACUGAAGAAAGGUCUGAACCUCCAAUGCAACACACCGGCGAACAAAAUCUCUAAAUCCUCGGAUGGAACAUGGACUGUUGAUACGCCACGAGGCUGCAUUAAAACUGAGAAACUGGUUCUGGCGACCAACGGCUAUAGUGCCCAUCUCUAUCACAGGCUCCAGGGCGUAAUUAUUCCUCUUCGAGGUGUGGUCACCGCCCAGCGACCAGGUCAGAAAAUGCCGCAAAAAGGUCUGGAAACAACCUACUCAUUCGUCUACGAACAAGGCUUCGAAUACAUGAUUUCCCGUCCCGCAGGGACGAAAUUCGAAGGCGACAUUGUAAUUGGAGGCGGCAUGCACAAAGCUGAAGGCGGAGGCGAGUCUGAGUACGGGAACACCGACGACACAACCUACGACGAAGGAAGCGCCGCGUUUCUACUCGAAUGCACGAAGACCUAUUUCGGGAGCAAUUGGGGGCCAGACCACCCUGACGGCCAAUGCCGAAAGAUCUGGAGUGGCGUCAUGGGCUUUUCAAGCGAUGGGUAUCCGCUCGUUGGUCCCGUUCCGGGCGAAGAAGGCUUGUACCUCGACGCCUCGUUCCAAGGCCAUGGCAUGGUCCUCUGUUUUCUCUGCGCAAAGGCCGCGGCGCAAAUGAUCGAUGGAAAAGACGACAAGGAACUCGAUGGCUGGUUCCCUCACGUAUAUCGCGUUACAGAGCAAAGAUUACAGAAGAAAUUUGCGGGCAAAUUAAGGGCUUCAGGGGCUCCUGAGGGCGGACUCUGA